CGCAGGUCGACAAGACCUUAUGGGUCUGAGGUUUGUGCCGGAGCGGUACCUCCCUCCAAAGCGAUUCGUCGACCAGACGGAUAUUUCUGCCAUGCCAGGGAACGCGGCGUGUUGUGUGCCGAAAUUGUUUGACCGAAGCAAGGUUUUCAACUGUCUUCGGUGCGGUAAUCCUCGCGGCCCCGCCCAUAGGAGGUGGGAGAAUUGCACGCACAAGUGUCGCAUUUGUGGCGACGAGUCUGAAGAGGGAGCGCAUCAUGGGGAGGUAUGACAACUCACUCCUACUGAUUGUAGCUGACUUCACUGUGUAGCUGUGCCCCGACGCGUACCUCAGCAUUGCAGCUUACAAGAAGAAGCUGAACAGCGAUGAACUGCCAGACGGCGUUCAGUUUCGACCUACUCCGAGAGAGUGCGAGAUUCUCGUAAACAGGUUUGGAAUGAAAGAGUUCCGGAACUUCCCGCCUGAAGACAUGAAGGCGACGAUGCAUGCACCUGCGGGUACUGAGGCGUAUAAGCCGUUUAUGACGAGGCAUCUUCGGGAUGAACGUAGAAGGCUAACAGAGAGGCGUCCUAGGGCACCUUCGCUUGACGACCGUGGCAGAUCCGCGGACCGCGCACCAGAGCGUCAGGGGCAGCGGUCCCCUGCCUACAUUGAGCGAUCUCAUAACACUGAUCGAUCUUAUAGUGUUUACUCGAGGAGUCUGAUUCGGAAUCCUGAUGACUACAGCGACCGUCGGAACUCUGGCGAUGAUUACUGGAAGCAGCGUGCGCUCGAUGCUGAAGAUGAAGUCGAGGAGCUCAAGGACAAGCUCGCUGAGACUGAGGGACAGCUUCGUCGCUCACGUCUGAGGAUUGAGCAGCUCCAGGCCAAAACUCAAAGCCAAGAGUUUGAAAUCAACCAGCUGGUGGGCCUUGGUCCGAACCUGUCCCCGUUCUCCACGCAAGGCGACCAGCCUAGAAUGUACUCAUUUCAGGGUGGCUAUUCAGCGACGUUUGAUCGCAGCGAUCAGCGUAAUCUCCUGCGCGGUCACUAUAGUGGCCGAGACGACUCUCCCCGCGGUCACCAUCGUGGCCGAGACAAAUCUCCGCGGUCCCCUUCCACGGGCCGAAACGGCGCUCCUGCACGCGCUGCUAGUCUUCGCCGACUACGCGGUCCUGGCAAGGACGGCCGGGCAGCACCGUCGCUUGCCAGCCGCAUUACUCGAGAGGUCGACCCCGUGCUGGAGAGGAAGAAGGAGGAGUUGGCCAGCAAAAAGAGAAAGCUGGAGGAGCUGUGCGCUGCCAAUGCGGCGAGGGAUGCUAAACUCCGCGAGCUCAAGGAGGCUCGCAACUGUCGACGUGGGGGCGGUUAGCAUUCCUGAAGGCUGGCAGAGCGUGCUCUGUCGGAAACGCAUACACAUCUGGCACUGGCAGAACAGUUCUGUCGGUGAUAGGUCCUGCACUGACAAGACGCUUUCUGUUAGUGAUAACUUAUGUAGAAUUAUAUAAU